CCCUCCUCCCCAUCGCUCAGGCUCACGAAGCCGGAGAUGCCGCAAAGCCCCGUCCUCCAGGGCUUUUUAAACACCCCCUUCGCUUCACGCUCCAACAAUGGCGUGUAAUUGAAGAGCCACCGCGCUAAAUGCGCUCAGGCGACGGCUACCGUGGGAAGAAGCCCAGAGUACCCCAGAGAGGAGGUGGGGGAGGAGGAGAACGGCGGACCGCUCAGUCCGAGACCAUUUAUCGAGCACUGGUUGACUGGCCGGCUGGCUGGCUGGGUCAGAGAGUUUAACCCCUGAGCUGCCGUCGAGGAGGGCAGUCGGGAGUGUCGAGGCGGCUCGGUGAGGAGCCAGCGGGAUGGUCCUCCGUCAUUCCAGCGAGCCUCUCGCCGCUCGUAGCGCAGUGCAGCCGCGUUGAUGCAGCGGCGACCGGCGGUCGCUUCCAAGCCAAUCUGCGGAUCCGGGGGGACAAAAGGCGAAACCCAAACUGCUGCUGCCGCCGCUGCGGAACACCGAGGAGACGCGGAGCGACAGUCUGGGCUUCACUAAGGCAUUUCUGUUUGGACUCCGGUCGUUCAACAAAGGGACAGUCAAGAGCUGCAAAGCUGCAUCGGGAUGGCGGCCGUAGUGAACUACUCUCCGCCUUGGUGGGUGAAUCUGCUUCACCGGUUGCCCCACUUCAACAUAGAAUUUCAAACCGUGAGCAGUGACUUCAGACCAGAGGACUCGGAGUACCAGAAGUCUGUCUUGCUCAUCGGUGCGGUGGCAUUGGUGUGUUUGGGCCUGGACCUCCUCUUCCUCCUCUUCUACUCGUUCUGGCUGUGCUGCAGACGGCGAAAAAGUGACGAGGCCUCGCACUCCCAUUCACACUCCCACCAGCCUAGUGCAGACUGCUGCUGCACCGCUUGGUGUGUCAUCAUCGCCACACUCGUCUGCAGUGCCGGCAUCGCUGUGGGAUUCUAUGGAAAUGGGGAGUCAAGCGAUGGAGCCACUCGACUGGCCUACUCUCUUCGUCAUGCCAACCGUACCGUAUCCGGGGUGGAAAAACUGGUCUCAGACAGUGCCCUAGCCUUAAACCAGACAGUGGAGGAGAACUUGGUCCAGUUAGAAACGGCCUUCCAGGAUCAGACGGACUACGUGUCCAUCGUUCAAAAAGUGCAGGGUCAGCUGGACGAACUGGUGAGGCUGAUGGUGGACGUUCCCUUCUGGUCAAACACGGAAAUCUCACUGGAAGACCUGGCCCGGAAAACAGAGGCCUUUGACUUUUACAGGUGGCUGGGUUACCUUGGCUUGCUGCUGUUUGAUGUACUCAUUUGUCUGCUGGUUCUAUUUGGUCUGAUCCGCAACUCUAGAAGCACCCUGAUUGGAGUGUGUUUCCUCGGGGUUCUGACUUUGAUCAUCAGCUGGGGUUCUCUGGGCCUGGAAUUGGCUGCUGCUGCUUCAGCCAGCGACUUCUGUGUUUCACCGGAUACUUACAUCACCACGGUAACCAAAGAAAAUGCUGUCAUCAACCAAGAUAUUCUUCAAUAUUACCUGAAGUGCAGCUCUGGACAAGUUAACCCUUUCCAACAGAGGCUGUCAGGCAGCCAUAAAGCAUUGGUGGAGAUGCAGGAUGAUGUGGCAGAGCUACUGAGAUCCGCCACACGUGAUUAUGCCAACACUAAGGAGAGUCUUGAACAAAUCCAGUCUGUUCUGAAUUCUACUGAGGUGGGUCUGCAUCAGCUGACUGCUCUGGUGGACUGUCGCAGCCUUCACAUGGACUACGUCCAGGCGUUAACCGGGCUGUGUUAUGACGGGGUGGAGGGGCUCAUUUACCUGGUUCUCUUCUCUUUUGUCACCGCUCUGAUGUUUUCCUCUAUUGUGUGCAGUGUGCCACACACCUGGCCCAACAAGAGGACGGAUGAGGAGGACGGAGAGGACGAGUCGGGUGCCUCACGCGGUGUGCACGAUAACCUGUACCGCGUUCACAUGCCUAGUCUCUACAGCUGUGGCUCCAGCUACGGUAGCGAAGCUAGCCUGCCCGCUACAGCACACACUGUCAGCAAUGCCCCCGUCACUGAAUACAUGAGCCAGAACGCAAACUUUCAGAACCCCCGGUGUGAGAACACCCCCUUGAUUGGCAGAGAGUCCCCUCCACCCUCUUACACCUCCAGUAUGAGAGCAAAGUACCUCGCCACCAACCGACCGGACCAGAACCGACGCUCCGUUCCCAACGACCAACUGGAUCCUGCUAGUCGGCCCCACGCCGCCGCCAGACCACAAUCCUCGGUUCACUAGAAAACUCUCUGUCCCCGGCACUGCCUCGAGCCAGUUCUCACAGCCAAAAGCAAGAUCCAACACAAGCACUGAAGACCGCAGUGCUUUUGAGCACCAGGCCGGAACCAACAACCACAGCAAAUGACUGCACUUUGACCGCCAACUUUCCUCCAGAGGACUGUUUCCUCUCUCCGUGGAUCGUCCCGUGUUCCCACUGUAGCUUCUUCAUCCAGCUAGAUCAGAGAAGCUGCACACGAGCGAGGCACCUGGGCUGUGCUCCACUUGGGAACACUGAAAUCCACACACACACAACUUACACACACACACACACACACACUUACGCUGUACAGAGCUGUAAAUAUCAAACAUGUGCUUUAUUCAUGAAAAGUAGACUGUUGAUUCUUUACUGGUAAUGUGGUGUGCUGUGUUUAUCUUGGAAAUUCUUUGCUGUAUUUCUCACACAAACACACACAACACACACACACCAUCUGACAGAUCGACUAACUGAUUACUCAUGCUUAUAAAUAUUGAGCCAGUGAAUCACAAAAGCCAUGUUUUAGGUAGAAAUGAACUGUGCCACCACGCUCACAUUCCUUCUUAACAUUAGCUUCGUCGUCUAACUUUCAUACUGUGAGCUCCAGCUUGAUCUGCACUUAACACACUCACACAGUCUGCGUUGAAAAAGGCGCUUUUGAGCGGGAUCCAGGAAUCCCGUCGUCAAACAACUUUUAUUUUCCAAGUCGAGGGACAUGAGAAGGGUCAACCUGUGCCAAAAAAACUGAAGAAUGAAAUGACUCGACUCGAUCUGCCUCCACGCCUCCCUGAAGGGAGAGAGGGGAAACUUGCAUGGAUGUUCUAUUCCUCUCUUUGACUCAUCAAGACAAAGAAAAGAUACACAUAAAGGGAAGCUCUGGACUGAUCAUUGUGACUAAACAUUAGUCAGGUGCUAAAUGAAGUUGUCAAAUGUCCAGGACUGAGAGGAACAGUUUUUGUUACUCUGGAUUUUUUUUUUCCUGUUCAAAAUCGUAUGUGAAUCUAGGUAGUAGAAAUAAAAAGACAGAAGCGUUCCUUUUUACCUGAACGGAGGCAUUGCAUUACAAGUUCCAUGAAAGUUUUUUUUAUUAUUAUAUCAUCAAUUUGAUACUGUGACCACUUCAGUUUUUCCGUUUGUGUUGUGUUGGCGUGUCUUUCCUUUUGUACUUUUUAAAAGAAAAUCUGUUUACCUUGGAUUUCAUAGAUUUUCCCUCAACUCCAAUCCACAAGCACAAAUUCUGUUGAAGAAGACUCUACAGGAGUUGGUAAAACAUACUGCCUGUGACACUGCCAGUGUUUUUUCCUCACUGGGAAACUUUGUACAGUGUAAAAAAAGAGCAAAAGAUCAGUAGUUGUGAACCUGUGUGUGAGACAUCACCGCAGCGUGAUAGGCUCUUCGCUCUAUCUCAGUGUUUACUCUUUGGGACUACAAUGUAUUAGGUGUGUGACUGGCAUCAACGCACACAUGUACAGUAUGUUCACUCCAACAUGCCAUACAGUCACACGCAUACACACCUAAAAAGCUUUCAUGCUUUUUUUUUUGUUUUUACUGUUUACAUUCACAUUUAGAGCUGCAUAGCUGCACGUCACUGAUUUGCAUUGUGGGUAAUGUAGUUCAUAAUGGUAGCUUUUCACAGAAGGUCUCAUUAGCUGAACGGGCAGAGCUCCACCACUCCUGGACCGCAUUUUAAUGGAACAUAAUUAAUCAAUGACCACUUCUCGUGCCAGCGAGACAAUCUUACAUGUGUGAUUUUUACCAGAGACAGUUUCCAUGCUGUAACAAUGCUACCUAUAGUCUCGUCCAGUGUUUUUCUUGCACCACUGAUGCAAACAGUGUUAAGAUCUGUGAGAUCAGUAACUGUUUAGUGGCCUUUCAUAAUGUUUUUAAGCUCUUACAACACUUCAUCUGAACAUGUUUCUUUUUUCACCCUCUGUCUUGUUCAAUUAAAAAUCCAACUUUAAAGAUAAAAAAUGAAGCUAACUGUUUCGUAGAAGACUUACAGGCCAGAGCAGCUUUUUCUUCUCAAUGGUGAAUGACUCUGUUUUACAUUGUUUCAGAAGCGUGAUUCGGUGACGUCUGCACGUCUGUUGUAUUUGAUUUCUGAUCUGGGAAAUCUAGAUCUGACGGGACAAAAGGGUCAGUAGUGGGUUUGUGCGUCUGGAUUUGUGUGUUCAUGGGUGAGUUGGAGUACUCAAACAAGACUUCAAAUACAGAUGUGUGCAGAUGUGACGGACCAGCAAUGUUUUCUAUGGCUGUUUUUAUUUUUGAUGGUUCAACUAAGAUAUUAAUGAUAUUCAUGUCAAAACUGUUGUAAUGAUAUUCAGCCUGGAAUAAAUGGUUAAAAAAAACAAAUAAAAGAAACUUUAACGCA